CAUAGCUAAAUAGACAUACUAACAUUACAAGUUAUCAAAUGUAUAAUUUAUUUGAUAGCUUUUGUCAUAUUAACAACUAUCUAAAAAUUGUAACAACGUGCCCCCUGCUCCCCUACUAACGUGAGUAGAUGGCAAAAAUGUAGCCGCGCAUUCCCACAAUUUUUAAGAAGAAAUGGGGUUUGAUUAGAAACUUCGAUAAACUGGCCAGAAGGAAUCAUUCCUAUAGUUAUAAACAAGGAAUGUGAAGAGCCACAAAUUUGUGAUUCAGAGAAAAUCGAAAAUCUACAGUCUAUAUCAGAAGGUUCAACAUCAACUUUUACUCCAAGGAAACCUUUUGAAAAUUUAGGUUCCAAACAAAAACGAGUUGAUAUCUUAAGUUUAUCUCCAGACGAAGUGACCAGUGUUACAAUAAAUCAAUUGAAAAGUGCUGGAUAUGAAGAGGUUGCAAAGGACCUAGAUAAAGUCAAAAAAUGUCUGAAUGAUAGUAAAAAAAACUAACAUGUAUUCAUCCGAUAGAGCGUUGGCAUUGUUUCCCUAAAACUAUUGAAGUGGCAAUACUACAUCUUAGAGAGGCAGUGAGCGAAACUGGCUCUGAGCUAUAUCCGUCAUGUUACAAGCUUAAGCAAGCCAAAUUACAGCGUUAUCCAGACAAAGAAGACAAGACAAUUACUGAUGAAGGAGCAUCCAUUAAACUUCAAGCCCUGCUGAACUUGACAGUAUCAAGACUUCUGGAUGUACUUGCUUCCGACACCACAACACAUACACCAGCAGAAACUCUGGCACUGGCCCCCGAUACCUCACCGCAUAAACAAAUAGAAACAACAAAAAUUUCCAAAAUCAAAGAGGCAAAGGCACUGCUAGUAAAUGCAAAAACCCAAUUAAAGAUAUCAACAAAUCCAAAAGAGGAAACAAUAGAUGAGGUAAUAAAAACAAUAAACAAGACAUAUGAAAUACUAAAAGAACUAGAAAUAGAAACCGGAAAAAACAAUAAAAAUAGGAAGGAAACCAACACACAGCAACAUCAAAAUAUACAAAAUUAAUAUAAGGAAAGUGAGGACAAACUUAUGCAAACAAUAGAAGAACACACAAAAUUAAUAAACGAAAAUAAUAAAAAGAUAGAAAAACUAAACGAAAAUCUAAUAAAAUACCACAACACCGAACACAACAACAACAGGACAUACGCAGCCGUAGUAGCACCAAACACAGCAAGAAAAACAAGAGAACCAGCACUGCACUCCAUAAAGAUUACAUCCAAAAAUACACAAGAAACAGGAGAGGAAAUUCUAAAUAAAAUCAGAGAAACCGUCAAAGCCAAGGAAGGAGAUAUAAAAAUAGAAAAAAUAAGGAAAGCUAAAGACCGCAAAAUUAUAAUAGGAUGUAACACAAUAGAAGAACGCAGAAAAUUAAAAGAAAAACUUGGAAAUGAAAAAGAACUGAUAGUGGAAGAAAUGAAAAACAAGGAUCCAUUGGUAAUACUCAAAGGAGUAUUAACAAAGAACACAGACGAUGACAUAAUAGAGGGACUCAGAACACAAAACAAGAACAUCUUUAAGGAAUUAGAAAAGGAACAGGACAGGAUUGAAAUAGCCUUCAAAAAAAGAGCCAGGAAUCCACUCACAAACCACAUCAUACUUAGAGUCUCACCCAAACUGUGGAACUUGAUGAUCGAAGCGGGCGCAGUACACAUUGACCUGCAGAAGAUAAAAGUAGCUGACCAAUCACCAUUGGUGCAGUGCUCCAAGUGCUUGGGGUACGGCCAUGGUAAAAGGUUCUGCAAAGAGGAAUCAGAGAAGUGCAGCCAUUGUGGUGGGUGGGGUGCUAGGGUCGGAAACCUCCAUGUUGGGCCGCCGCUUGGAUUGCUCUGGGACAAGUCCUGGGGGAAUGGAAGCGGUUGGUCCGGUGCACCCUGGACGGCGGCAGAUGGGGUCCUUUUCCUCUACGGGGGGAGGGAAGUCAUCUGUCGCUGA